AUGCAUACAUCAUUCACUGGCAAUGCAAGAAAAGCUCGUCAAGUAAAUCUAUCAGGCAAGACACCAAAUCCAUGGGCGAAGCUGUCAGGUGGCCCAAUUUCAUCCCAGCCCACCACUCAAAAUGCAGUGGCGCAGGCCCAGGCCGAAAGACUGCGACGAGCACAGGACCGAGACAGGCUGAACGCGGCUCGUAGGAUACAGCGGUCGUGGAGAGGCCAUUCGGCGCGAAAACGUCAGAAGCAGGAGUGGAGGAAUGAAUGGGAUCAGAACGAACAACACAGGUCGGCUCGUGGUCAUGCCGUGUCCUAUGAGACAACACAAGAGAAGGGGACCUCCAUGCCCUAUAGCAAUGAAGAGCAAUUACGUUACCAGAUGCGUCUUCUUCUGUCUUUCCUGGACACACAUGAUGACAUGGAUCGUUGGAGACUAUGUCAUUAUGGUCAUGCUUUGGCCGCUUCAUGGACUUUGACAGAACAACAUCCUGCACAUGCGCUGACAUGGAACCAGUACCUUACGAAGCUUUCCCAUAUAACGGCCAUGUCCUUGCUGCGAUCUCACGAGACUCUCCAACGAGUAAUCCUUCUCCAGCUAGGCAUUCUGCUUCUCCAGAAACCUAUAGCCCUCGACUACCGUCUUCAGUUCCGCAGUCUACAGCACGUUGCUGAAAAGGAUCCUCUUGUGUCCGAAAAGAUAUCCGAGUACUGCCAAGCGCUUCUACUACGAAACGACCCUCUGGCUUAUGAUGCUUUUCUGUAUUGUGUGCUAUCGACAAUGGCCAUCACUUCUCUACCGCAUAUGCUGCAUUUUAUUGCAGUACCAAAAUAUCAGACAAACUUCUGCGACAGCGUCAAGAGAGUUGUGGCAGUGUCAAGUCCAGAAGCUUCAUUUUGGAUACUGGCGAACACAAUACAUCUGUGGCGUACUAUAGAGGCCAAAGACAAAACAGUUGAAUGGAUCUCCGCUAUAUCGCAUAUGUUGACCAAGUGUGCAAAUCAGAUCGCCGAGCACAUCGACCUCGAUCAGGAUGUGGAGUCGAUAUCUCUCAGCAACAAGGAACAGGCUUUCCACAAUAGUUUUCUACUAUCCGAGAUCAGCAGCUUGGGAAGCAUGCAAAGUGUGCAAUACGUUAUGAGUCAGUUUAGGGUAUCUACGACGUCCGUUGCUGAAGUAGCAAAGCCUCUGGCUAACUAUGCCGUCGCACUGUUGCGUGCUUUUCCUUCACGCGCUACCAAUAUCAGAAUGUGCCUGUUCCGCAAUUCUCCUGCGGCGUCUACGAAAGGUGCCUCCUCGACCAUACAAUACUUGUGGAGGGCGACACAGUCUACUGCUGUUUUCCAACUCAUUCGGAACGAUCAAGACAAAGUCAUCUCCGUACUCACCGAAGCCAAGCCACGCUCCAACCAGUUUAAUGCUCGACCACCAUCGCAGGAGGAAAUAGCCACAUGGCAAGAAGAGUGGCGUAUAGUCCUUCUCUUUCUCGAGCUGUAUACGUUUAUCCUCAAGCUCAUGGACGAUGAGGAGUUCUUUGCCUUGGACAAUGGUUCCUCUAUCGACUCCAGCGUAUCAUAUCAGUUUCGACAAGGGGCGCUUCCACCAACGGAUAUUGCAAGCCUGGGCAAUUUCUUAAAAAACUUAGCUUUUCCUCUGAUAUGGAACGCAGACCAGCUUGCGGAAUACAAUGAGGUGGAAGACACAGCGAGCCUGUCCGUCAUCUUUGGCCAAGCUGCUCCACCACAGUCCCCUACAGUUAGCAGGUCGAUGUCGAAGACUUUAGCUGGCAAUGAUGCGUCGCAAACUUACAUGAAAGGUCUGGCGACCGGGCUUUUGAGGAUGGUAUAUGAGCGAGACUCUCGCAGAAGAUUCUUGCCGGAGGACUACUGGCUCAUGACUCGGCAUUUCGACAUGCAGACGUUCAUCCCAGCAGUUGUGGCUGAAGAGGAAAGACGUCACGACGCAAUCGAGGAAGCUGAUGACGACGAGGAUCUGGACGAUGAAGAAGACGUUAAGAACGAUUCUGACGAGUUACACCUUCCAUCACUUGGAUCGCUCUUCAACAUCAGAGCACCGCACACACCGCGUGCGCAUACUACACGACAAGCCGAGCACUUGGCAAGACAGCGGGACAAGGCCAGAAAGAGGAGACAGCUACAGUCGCUCAACCCCAGGCUUGAGAUUUUGAGAAAUUUGCCAUUCUUCAUUCCUUUCGAAACCAGAGUACAGAUUUUCCGGACAUUCAUCUACCACGAUCAGCAGCGACGCAGGAACGGCUUCGUCGAUGCUGAUGAUUGGCGGAUGUCUGUAGCCUCAACACAAGCUCGAGACAUCUCUGGUAGACGGACUGGACACGAUGUGAUUGGCAGACAUCAUGCCAAUAUCCACCGAGGAUCAGUCUUUGAGGAUGCUUUCGACAGCUUCUACGGACUUGGUGAGGAACUCAAAGAGCCAAUCCAGAUCAGUUUUAUCGACCAAUUUGGACAACCUGAAGCAGGCAUUGAUGGUGGAGGUGUGACUAAAGAAUUCCUGAUGAGCGUCACUAGCGAGGCAUUCGAUCCACAAUCUGAUUUGCCACUGUUUGAAGAAAACGAACAGCGCUACCUUUACCCUAAGCCUACAGCACUACAACAAGCCAGAUACAUCCUGAUCAAGGACGGCAACAACCCCGGAAGUGAAGGAUUUCAAGUCGCAUGGAGAGAGAUCUUGCAGCGAUACGAGUUCCUUGGACGCGUGGUUGGGAAGUGUAUGUACGAGGGUAUCCUGAUUGAUGUGAACUUUGCAGGGUUUUUCCUACUGAAAUGGGCAUUGACAGGAGGCACUACAUCAGCCACGAAUGAGUCAGGCUAUCGAGCGUCCAUCAACGACCUACGCGAGUUUGACGAUCAACUUUACCAAGGGCUGCUGAAAUUGAAAAACUAUCCUGGAGACGUGGAAGCGGAUUUUGGCCUCAAUUUUGCAGUGACGGACACUUUCGAUGUAGAAGGCAAGAAUGUCACCGUCACUAUCGACUUAGUGCCAGAUGGCUCUAACUUGGCGGUUACCAAUGAAAACAGGCUGAAAUACAUUGAUCGGAUAGUGCGUUACCGUCUACAGGAGCAGCCUCGCGCAGUCACGAAUGCCUUCUUGCGAGGUUUAGGUCAGAUCAUCUCCCCGAUGUGGUUGGCAAUGUUCAACCAGAAAGAGCUGCAGAAGCUGGUCGGUGGUGACAACCAAGAACUCGAUAUUUCAGACCUACGACGCAACACUCAAUAUGGCGGCUUGUAUGUCAUCGGUGACGACGGCAUGGAACACCCAACAGUAGCGCUCUUCUGGAAAGUACUCAAAGAAAUGAACGAUGACGAUCGGAGGAAAGUACUCAAGUUUGUGACGAGCACUCCGCGUGCACCACUGCUUGGGUUCAGCUACCUCAAUCCAAAAUUCAGUAUUCGCGAUUCGAGCGAGGACCAGACAAGACUACCGAGCACCAGCACUUGCGUGAACUUGCUGAAAUUACCUAGGUAUGCUAAUGAGAGGAUAAUGAAGGAGAAAUUGCUGUACGCAGCGAAUUCUGGUGCGGGCUUCGACCUGUCUUGA